GCUGCUUCUAUUCAUUUGUAUUUGAAGUGCAGCAAACUAGAAACAAAACCAGAGGCACAGUGAAUGUGAGCACAGAAACCUUCAGUUCAGGAGAAGCACCAUAAAGCAGACGCAGAGAAUAAUUUUGCCAUAAAGAAGUAAGGCAAGAUGCCGUUAAAGGUGGAGGCUGACUCGGGCUAUGGCAGCGUGGUUGGCCCAGGUCCCGGCCUGGCAGGCAGUAUGGGGGCUUCAGAAACACUCCCUCUUCUUGUCCCAGAGGAUGAGCCAGAGCUGACCUAUUUGAAGCCCAUGACCAGAGAAGAGCUGGAGGCAGCAGCUGGAGGACCAGGCUGGAAAAAGUUCCGCUCUCGCCUGGUUCUGCUCUUCUGGCUAGGCUGGCUGACCAUACUGGGCAUUGCUAUCACUGUGGUCAUACUGAGUCCACGGCCUGUAUCUGGUCAUCUGCACUGGUGGCAGAAGGAGCUUUUCUACCGCCUACAGCCAGCCUUGUUCCUUGAUGUAGAGGGCACAGGGUCAGGAGCAAUAAGCAGAGUGUCUGAGAAGCUGCCAUACCUGAAGUCUUUGGGAGUUGGGGUUAUGAUCUUGGAGGGAUUGUUCAGGUCUGAUGUCUCUCUCCUAAACCUGACUCAGAUUGACCAGAGACUCGGUACUUUACCCGAGUUCCACCAGUUCAUCACCGACAGUCACACAGCAGGUAUUAGGGUCAUCCUGGACCUCUGCAAAGUCAACAACGAUAAGACAGAGCUCUCAUCAAAUGCUUCUGAUUAUGUCCAGGAUUCAUUAAGGUACUGGCUUGAGCAAGGUGUGUCAGGAUUUGAAAUCUGCAAUGCAGACACAGCGUUCACUGAGAAGACACUGAAAAGGUGGAGGGAAGUGGUCAAAGAGUUUGGCACAGAUGAUAAUGAAAGGAUUAUGAUGGUGAGGGAAAUACGUGAUUCUGUACCAGGGCUCAAUAUUUCCGAGUCGGCUAUAAACAGCUCUCUGGUGGAGUUAGUAUCAAGGUCUCUGAUUCCUCCAUCCUCACAUCCAUUAUCUGCUCCUGAGGUAGCUGAAGCUAUGGAGUCCAAGUUGAAGACCCUGCAUGGAGAAUGGCCAAGCUGGAGAGUGGAUGGGCCUGUAGCCUGGAAGCUGCGGAAAGUCAUUAUGGUCCUGAUGAUGACCCUGCCUGGGACUCCCAUUUUCAGAUAUGGUGAUGAGAUUAGUCAAGCACCAAACCCGCAUCACCCAAAGUAUUCCACAGCUCUCUUCCACUCUCUGAGCCGCACUCGUUCUCAUGAAGAAGCUCUCCUCUUUGGCACCUUCAACUUUCUCACUUUCAAUACCACAUCACUCAUCUCUGGUAUCACAAACUCCACAGCCACGCCACCUUUGGCCUUCUUGCGCUCCUGGGGGUGCGUUCACUUCCUGGUGCUGUUUAACUUGGGUUCAGAGUCUCACGCUCUGGAUUCUAACUGGACCUUGAGUCUUCCUGUAAGCGGAAUGUUUGUAACUAGCACAGGUCUGGAUCGCUUUGGUCCGGUGACUCUUCAGUCCAUAACACUCCAGCCUCAUGAAGCCAUUGUCAUUAAGUUGUUUGAGACCGACCCUGAUUUCUGAGAGUCAGGGAAUGCUUUCAUGAAUAGCCUGAAAUAAAAAUGGAGUUGAUGGAGUUUGGAGUUUCUACAAAUAUUGUGACAAUAUUACAUUAACUCUGUAUAUUAGUGCCACUCUACUGCCACUACAGAUUCUUUUGCUAACCACCUGAGGUCACUCUAUUAUAUCUGCUAUAGUAUAUCAGACUUUUCAAAUGUUCAGAUGUGAGAUUUAUCGACAGAGUCUUAAACAAACAGGAUUUUGUGGUUUGUGACAUUACCUCUUAAGUGACGUGUUGCAUUUUCUUCAUACUUGCAGAUUAUUAAAGACCAUGAAGUAAAUUCAGAUUUCUCAGAAUUGACCUCAGACAAACGGUCAUGGCCAAUAAACAUUCCCUUAUGUCCUGAAUAGCUCAGUUUCGUGCUCAAUUACUCAGGAAAGAGCUGUUUUAAAUUAUUCUGUUGUGCUCAUAUCGAUCGCAAAUUAAAAGCCACAUGAAAAUUUCAUUAGAAUACCAAAAUUGUUACAAAAACAAAUCCAGCUCCCUGUGGACAUGCAUGAGCAUGGUAUUGGAGGCAGAAUAUAUUAAGAUGUCACUUAUACACUUGUAUAUAGACCUUUCUAAAAUAAACUAAUAUAAAGACAUAAUUUAGAAUUAUUUCAAAUGUACAGUGCAGUGAGUUAAUAUGGUUUGACUGUUCAAAAAUGGACAAAUGUCCUACUUCCUUGUUAAAUGAGAUGCAAAUAAAAACUUAGAUCUGUUGCUACUGUGGACUCACAUAUUAAAUAUACCAUAUGAAGGGCCAGGUUUUUAAAAAAAAAAAUCUCAAUCCUGCUCCUGAAGGAAUUCUGACCAAUCCCACCCACUCCUGCAGAACGUUUGACCAAAAUAAAAAUAUUAAUAAAAUAUUCUGAAAAUAAAAACAAAUUAGUCAUUUAAUCCACAGAGACCCUGACCAGGAUAAAGCACAGAGGAUUAAGAAAUGGAUUCAGAGUGAACACUCAAUACACUCAUGUUAAUGAACAUGGCCUUUAUACACACACACACACACACACACACAAACACACACACACAUACACUACAUUACCAAAAGUAUUCGGUCACCCAUCCAAAUGAUCAGAAUCAGGUGUCCUAAUCACUUGGCCUGGCCACAGGUGUAUAAAAUCAAGCACUUAGGCAUGCAGACUGUUUUUACAAACAUUUGUGAAAGAAUGGGCCGCUCUCAGGAGCUCAGUGAAUUCCAGCGUGGAACUGUCAUAGGAUGCCACCUGUGCAACAAAUCCAGUCGUGAAAUUUCCUCACUCCUAAAUAUUCCACAGUCAAGUGUCAGCUUUAUCAUAACAAAAUGGAAGAGUUUGGGAACAACAGCAACUCAGCCACGAAGUGGUAGGCCACUUAAACUGACGGAGAGGGGUCAGCGGAUGCUGAAGCGCAUAGUGCAAAGAGGUCGUCGACUUUCUUCACAGUCAAUUGCUACAGAGCUCCAAACUUCAUGUGACCUUCAGAUUAGCCCAAGUACAGUACGCAGAGAGCUUCAUGGAAUGGGUUUCCAUGGCCGAGCAGCUGCAUCCAAGCCACACAUCACCAAGUACAAUGCAAAGCGUCGGAUGCAGUGGUGUAAAGCACGCCGCCACUGGACUCUAGAGCAGUGGAGACGUGUUCUCUGGAGUGAUGAAUCACGCUUUUCCAUCUGGUGGACGAGUCUGGGUUUGAAGGUUGCCAGGAGAACGGUACAUUUCGGACUGCAUUGUGCCGAGUGUGAAAUUUGGUGGAGGAGGAAUUAUGGUGUGGGGUUGUUUUUCAGGAGUUGGGCUUGGCCCCUUAGUUCCAGUGAAAGGAACUUUGAAUGCUUCAGGAUACCAAAACAUUUUGGACAAUUCCAUGCUCCCAACCUUGUGGGAACAGUUUGGAGCGGGCCCCUUCCUCUUCCAACAUGACUGUGCACCAGUGCACAAAGCAAGGUCCAUAAAGACAUGGAUGACAGAGUCUGGUGUGGAUGAACUUGACUGGCCUGCACAGAGUCCUAACCUGAACCCGAUAGAACAUCUUUGGAAUGAAUUAGAGUGGAGACUGAGAGCCAGGCCUUCUCGACCAACAUCAGUGUGUGACCUCACCAAUGCGCUUUUGGAAGAAUGGUCAAAAAUUCCUAUAAACACACUCCUCAACCUUGUGGACAGCCUUCCCAGAAGAGUUGAAGCUGUAGUAGCUGCAAAAGGUGGACCGACAUCAUAUUGAACCCUAUGGGUUAGGAAUGGGAUGGCACUUAAGUUCAUAUGUGAGUCAAGGCAGGUGACCGAAUACUUUUGGUAAUAUAGUGUAUCAGCCAUAACAUUAAAACCACUGACAGGUGAGGUGAACAGUCAGUUCUCAAAGUUGAUGUGCUGGAAGCAGGAAAAAUGGGCAAGCGUAAGGAUCUGAGCAACUUUGACAAGGGCCAAAUUGUGUUGGCCAGACGACUGGGUCAGGGCAUCUCCAAAAUUACAACUCUUCCCUUUAUGCAGUGGUAAGUA